CAUCGUCCGAAAUCUGAUUUCAAACCACCUUCCGACCCUCUGGAGCAAACACCUUGACGACUACCUACCUACCUUUACCUACAAUACUGUAUAGCAAAACAUCCAACCAAAAAAUUACAAGGAGCUUCAAAAAAGUUUUUAAUUACGACCGGGAUUGCUCAACCAACCUCUCACGAGCCCUUUUUCGUUCACCCUCUCAACCUCCCAACUACCUCACCUCUCUCUCUCCAUAUCGACCUUUUUUUUUCAUUCCCGCGCGAUAGUCACCGUUCAUGACUGUCUGUAUACCCUUGGCCCUCGCCCGUAGAGCACUAUCAAAAUCUCCAGCGUCGACAUCCACAUCUACAUCGCGACUGUCCCUCCUCCGUCUGUCCCGUCCAUCUUCUCAAGGUAUCCAUCCGCGGGGCAACUUUCUUGUUCUUAAUCGUCCUCUCUCGACCACGACUCCAAAUCGACAAACCUCCCCCAUGGCCGCACAGACAGACACGGCCGCCGCCGAGACCGCCGCGAGUUCUGGCGUCACCGCGGACUCAUUGACCGAAAAACUAAAAGCGACCAUCGGCGCGACCCACGUUUCCAUCGAGGACAUGUCGGGAGGUUGCGGUCAAGCCUUCAACGCCAUCAUCGUCUCUCCCGAGUUUGAAAAAAAGACCCUCCUCGCCCGACACCGCUUGGUCAACAACGCCCUCAAGGCCGAGAUCGCCGCCAUACACGCCUGGACCCCGAAAUGCCUGACGCCGGAACAGUGGGAGAAGGAGAAGGAAAAGAUGGGCAUGUGAGUUGGAAAUGGAGAUUCAAAAGAUGGAGAAUGUCAAGCCAGUCGUGUACGAGCAAAAGACAAAGAUUGGUGUCGGAUGUGAUUGAAACCCUCUUGGGGGCUCACGCCGGCGGAAUCUGACGAGCUCUUGUCGUCUCGCCAGACACGAGAGGACUUUUGAAGUCGUUGGACCGCCGACGUUUGGACGACCGGAAGCGAUAACAUCUGGAAAGGUUUAGGUGACGUGUCAAAGAGCCAUGGGGAUUAUUCCAGACUCACCUACCCAUAAACACCACCUAGAAGGUAGGUAGGUAGGUAGGCAGGCAGUGUGUAUUAUACUGUACCAAUCACAACCGCAUAAAGGUUUACCUAUGUGUCUCUUGGGUACGAGUAUAUAGGUGGUCAUCAACCAUCGGUCACGAACUACCAGAGGUCAAUGAGUAGGUAUCAUAAUCUUACCAUGACAAGAUCAAAAAAGCUCUCCGUCAGAAGUGGUACAGAGCACUUUACUAUAACUGUAGUAUUGUCAUAUAUCAUGCAACGAUUAGACCAAAGAUACCUAGGUAGUCAAGGUAGAUACCGAGUAGUCAGGAUUUC